AUGACUCGGCGAUGCUCUAACUGCAGCAACAAUGGCCACAACUCACGAACAUGUCCAUCUCGCACUGUCAAGCUUUUCGGUGUGAGGAUGAGCAUCACCGACGGUGGAUCCAUCAUGAAGAAGAGCGCCAGCAUGGGCAACCUCUCCUCCUCCUCCUCCGCCGCCGCCGCCGCUUCCCCCUCCUCCGACGGCUACUUGUCCGAUCACCCCUCCUCUUCCCCUCUAAGAAAGAAAGGUGUUCCAUGGACUGAAGAGGAACAUCGAAUGUUCUUGAUUGGUCUCCAGAAUCUGGGCAAAGGAGACUGGCGUGGAAUAGCACGUAAUUUUGUUGUGUCAAGGACCCCUGCUCAAGUUGCAAGUCAUGCCCAGAAAUACUUUAUCAGACAGAGUAACGCUACCCGAAGAAAGAGACGUUCAAGUCUUUUUGACAUGAUUCCAGAUAUGGCUUCAGAUCCACCUUCCGUGCCAGAAGAACAAGUACUAUUGCCACCUUCUGAGAAUGCACAGCCUAGUAACGCAGAAUCACAGCCUUCAUUAAAUCUCUCUCUCAAGUCAGAUUUUGAACCAAUGGAAACUACUUCUCAAGAAAAUGUGGAAGAGCCCAAUGAAACUAUGAUUGGAUCAAAUGGAGAGAUACCAGUGCCUCCUGAAUUCUUCCCAACUUAUUUACCUCUCCCAUUUUCCAUAUGGCCAUCAAAUGCAGCUUCCUUUGAAGAAGUUAACGGAGCUGAAACAUUGCAUCAUCGGGUCCUCAAGCCAAUCCCGGUCAUUCCCAAGGAACCUGUGAAUGUUGAUGAACUCGUGGGAAUGUCUCAGCUGAGUAUUGGUGAAACACAGGUACGUGAUAGAGAGCCUUCUCCACUUUCCUUAAACUUGUUAGGAGAGCCGUCAAGGCAGUCAGCAUUUCAAGCAAAGACUCCAGUUGGAGGUUCUGAUAUAUAG